AUCAGCUACGGAGCGACUGACACGCAGCUUAGUGACAGAUUACUUUAUCCAUACUUCUUCCGGACAGUUCAGGAUGAUCGGACUCAUCAUGCAGCUAUUGUGAAAAUGCUGAAAUUUUUUGGAUGGAACUGGGUUGGAAUAAUCACAUCGGAGGAUGAAAGUGGAGAGAGGGAACUCCGGGAGCUAAGCCAAGAGCUCACCAGUCACGGGAUCUGCAUUGAGUAUACCAUAACAAUGCCUGAUAAAAAGGAUAAAGGGAAAUACAAAGACAUGAAUAUUAUUGAAAAAGCAACCUCCCAGGUUCUAAUAACAUGUGGAUCAUGUGCUGAGUUUUGUGCUUAUAUGAUAUAUAACUCUUUAACAAUCUUGAAAAAUAUAACCCUAUUAAUUAAUAUGUCAUGGCUCUAUGCUUUGACUUUUUGGAAAUUUGGAAUACUAAUUGAUGGCAGUUUGACUUUUACUGCUUCAAUAAAUGUAAUUUCCAAAAUUAAGAUAGAGUUUAAUAAUGUUAACCCUGUGAAUCGUCCAAAAGAUCCAUUACUAGAAGACUUAUGGAUACGUUUCUUUCAAUGUAACUCGCCAAACCAUGAUAAGAAUGAAUUUCAUACUACAGUAAAUAGAAAAACACUUCAUAACUGUACAGGAAGAGAAAGAUUUAAGGAUAUUAUUAGCAUUUCACAUGAUUCACAACCUUAUUUUGUGGUUUAUGCUGUGUAUGCCAUGGCACUUGCUUUGCAUAGAAUGUAUUUGUCUUCACAUGUGGAUCAUCGUGAAUUAAAUGCAGGAAAAUACAACUAUAAACACAAGGUAAAUAUUUAA